AAAAUGGAGAAAUCCUUAUCUAAACGAGCGACAUUUUUGCCCAGCUCUCCUUCAGGAACGGUCACCCAGACCUCAUUCUUGGACACCGCCACCUUCAUGACCCACAUAGAAGACAACAUGCUUAACGUAAAAGAGCAAGAGGUCAUGUUCAGGAAUAAGCGCAAAACCCACUUUAAGCAUGCUUCCUUGGAGGACCUCAACAAGUUGCCCCUCGUAUAGCUAUUAAAAGAAUCACAACUGAACGAAAGCCGGUCAAGGAAACUUAUAAACAAAUGAUAGACAAUGAAAAGAAGAACAGAGCUCGUGAAUUAUCCCUCUCCAAAAGCACAGUGUCUAAAGUCAGGCAAAUUCUAGAGAAAAUGAACGACGACAAAGCUAAAAGAAGGAAGAAAUACGAAAAACUCAAACGGAAGGAGAUUAAGAAAAAACUUAUCAGUCAAGGAAGGCUCAAGAAGGGGAUCUCUUACAAACUUUUCACGAGCAGAAAGCAUAAGGUUAUCAAGAUGACUGAUCAAAUGCUCGAUUACAAAUCAGCUAUUGAAAAAAUUUCACCCGAGGAUAAAUAAAUCCCUGAACUUAAACCUAAAAUUGCACAGAGGUUUACUCGAAGAAAGAAGUAAACGAAAUAAAAUAGCAACACGUGAAAGACUCUUUCAAAUGAGAGAAGUUGAAGAUCUCAGAAAGAUCAUUAGCAAUACUAGGGCAAUCGACAAAGCUAUAUUCAUUGACAGAUUCGUACAAGAGGAAGAUGAACAAAUAGUCUCUCCAAAUAUAACAGAUGUUGAACAAGCUAUUCGUAAAGCACGAGGCAUUUAUCCAAAGAGGUAUUCUAGACUCAAAAACUUAUUUGAGACUAAAAAGUCAGAACUCUAAGCCAUUAUGAGUAGAAUACAUCUUAAGG